UGACUGGCAUGAUGUCGAAUAUUAUUCAAGCAAAAGAGGCAAAGCAAGAACCUUUAGAUUUUACAGGAUAUCGAGAAGUCAUUCUUACUUGGAGGAUCAUUGGAACAAUCUGAGUCGUUGUUGCUAUUACGUUCAUUCUUUGGAGAUUAUGGAAAGAAGUGAGAGACAAAUAUAUGGAUCUACUUAAGAUCCUACAAUUCUGAACAAUACUGAUCCACUUCUUCAUUACUCUAUUCGCCUUGAUAGUGGGGUUUGUUCAUGACUGAACAAAACUCUACUCUCUAAAGUUCUUAGUAUCGUUUGAUGGAAACUUAAUCAGUUUUAUUCUAACAAACCAAAUGUAUUGGCUAAGCCUCAUUGUUUACAUCAAACACUUUGAGAGGAUGGGAGGAACUCUUACAUACGACCAAAUUAGGAAAAGAAACAGAAUAUUUGAAGGAGUAUUUCUAAGUUGUAUCCUUCUGUUCUAUAUCCUAAACAUUACAGCAAUGGUGCUGAUCAUCAUUGGACAGUUUGGCUAUAAUUGACACUUCUUCAAGGAUGCAAAGAGCAGCCAGGAUUAUGAAGCCUUCUGCAGCUUUUCCCGAGUCUUGCAAAAUUUCUUCUAUUACUCGAAAGCUCCAAGCUUUGUCAUUUUCUGCAUAGUAUACUGAGUUUUGUUCUUACUACUGUUGGAUACGAUGAGGAGGAAUUUGAACUAUUAUUACAAGGAAAGAAGAAAGCACCUGUUUUUGUUGUUCUUUUCGAGUGUGUUCUUUAUGGGGACUACUGUUGUUCUUGGAGCAAUAGAUAGUUGAUUUGAUUUGACUCUGUACUCUUUGAAUUAUUUUAGUGAGGAUUUUAAUAGUACCAAAACUGUUUUUGUGUUUAUCUUUAUUUUGGAUGUGAUUCAGCAGAUGAGCUACUUUUUCUACAUUUUUGAUAGCAUCAACAACAUAAACUUCAAAAAAUACCUCUGGGAUAUCAUGAAGGGUUACAGAAUUGAUGAACAUUAUGGCAACUCCUCCAUCUUCCUUCGUAAAUCUAAGUUUUGGAAGCAAGCUUACGAAGAAGAAGCUCAUGAAGAAGAGUAUUUAUCUUACACAUCCACUGCCCCAGAUGCAGAGUCGUUCCAGUCCCAGUUGCUUCAGAGGGAAACUGGAAGUGGUGAAGAAAGCGCAGAAAUAUACCAAUUCAGACACAAUAGUGAAAUCCAAUUACUCACUGAAUCAGAUGACCUCUAA